AAGCUGGCUUUUAAGCCCGGAGCUGAGGCGCAGGACUCCGAGUGGACUCCAUCUCUCUCUCUCUCUCUCUCUCUCUCUCUCUCGCGUGAGCAGAGUUCAGUUGGGAUCCAAAGCCGUCAAGAUGAACUUGCGGAUUCCUCCCUGGUGUUCUGGAUUAUUCCUAGUCCUGAGCUUCUCGGCGGGCUUCCAGCCGGACGCUCGAGGGUCCCAGGACGUCCAGGACCUGACCGAGCUGAUCGGCGUCCCCCUCCCGCCGUCCGUCUCCUUCGUGACGGGCUUCCAGGGGUACCCGGCCUACAGCUUCGAAGCGGACGCCAACGUGGGCCGCCUCACCAAGGCCCACGUGCCGGACCCCUUCUACUACGACUUCGCCGUCACCGUCACGGCCAAGCCCACCACGCGGCGGGGCGGCGUCCUGUUCGCCAUCACCGACGCCUACCAAAAAGUGGUCCAACUGGGCGUGGCCCUGUCCGAGGUGGAGGACGGUUCCCAGAGGGUGGUCUUCUACUACGCUGACCCCGUCACGGGAGGCAAGACCCAGGAGGCGGCGUCCUUCAAGAUGGCCGACCUGACGGGACGCUGGGCCAGGUUCACCUUGACGGUGCAGGGCGCCGAGGUGCGCCUCUUCAUGGACUGCGAGGAGUACCACCGCGUGGCCUUCGCCAGGAGCCCCCGGCCGCUCACCUUCGACGCCAACUCGGGGAUCUUUGUGGGCAACGCGGGGGGCGCGGGCCUGCCCCACUUUGUGGGUUCCAUCCAGCAGCUGGUGCUAAAGUCCAAUCCCACGGCCCCCGACGACCAGUGCGAGGAGGACCAGCCUUAUGUGUCCGGAAGCGGCGACGACACGUACGAGGACAUGGAGGGACGAGAUGAAGUCAAGAAAGUCGUGGAGGAGCGGGAAUAUAAAGAGCCAGCAUCCAGCGCCCCGGUUCAGGCCCCCCCCACCGAGACGCCAAACACUUUCGACGACGACGAAGCCGGAGACGACGUGGAAGAGGCUUCCGGGCGGGAAAUUGAGGAGCGCCCGGCCCCUUCAGCGACAGCGGGCCCCGAGUCCGACUCUCCGUCGACGAGCCGGAAAGGUGAGAGGGGCGAGCCGGGGGCGCAGGGCCCCCCGGGACCGGGCUCGGAAUCGGCGGGCGAGCCCGGCCCACGGGGUCCGCCGGGACCUCCCGGACCUCAAGGCCCUCCCGGAACGGCAGGGAAAGACGGACAGCGGGGAACGAAAGGAGAAAAUGGCGCUCCGGGGGCCGGUGGCAUUCCAGGAUUUCCAGGCCUUCCAGGGGAUCCCGGCCCCAAAGGAGAGAAGGGCGACGCCGGCGUCGGACGGCCCGGCCUCCCGGGACCUCCCGGACCCCCGGGCCGCUUCUCCUCCAAGUUCCAGGAGGGUUCGGGCUCGGGCUCGGGCUCGGCUUCGGGCUCGGACGACUUGGACGACGACCUGGAGAUCCUUCGAGGACCCCCCGGUCCUCCGGGACCCCGCGGCCCCCCCGGUUCCCCGUCUGAGGAAGUCCUACCUGGACCGCCCGGCGUCCCCGGGAGAGACGGACUAAAGGGAGAAGCUGGACUUCCUGGAAUCGAUGGAAGCAAAGGAGAAGAAGGACCCGCUGGACAAAAAGGAGACAUGGGAGAACCUGGUGUGAUGGGCCAACCAGGACUUAAGGGGGACCAGGGCCCUCGGGGCUUGCCAGGACUUCCCGGGCCCGAGGGCCCAGAGGGCAGAGUCGGGCCCCAGGGGCCAGCCGGACCCCCCGGACCGCCCGGCCCCCCCGCCAAAGGCUUCCCGAUGGACCUUGAGGACCUGGAAGAAUCGGGACUGCUCACCGGGCCGGCGGCGGAACGGUUACGGGGUCUCCCAGGAGUUCCCGGAGUUCCAGGACCAAAGGGCGAGGAAGGCCUCCAAGGUCCUGCCGGAGAGCCCGGUCUCAAGGGAGAGUCCGGCGCUGCGGGUCCACCCGGUUUACCGGGACCAGAAGGAAGAAACGGUUCACAGGGUCCAAAGGGGGAUGCUGGCGCUCUGGGACAGAAGGGCGAGCCGGGACGUGACGGGCUCGGUCUCGCCGGACCUCCGGGACCUCCCGGACCUCCGGGACCCGCCGCCGACCUCCGGGAACUCCUCCUCAACGACACGGACGCCGUCUUCAACGUUUCGGGCAUUUUCGAGGCUCAGGGAUUGCCUGGACCGCGAGGACCCAAGGGGGACGCCGGAGUGCCAGGUCUCGUAGGAGCUCCAGGACUGAAGGGAGACAAAGGCGAGCCGGCCGUCUUCUUGUCCGGGAACGGAUCCGCCUACGACCUGGCGGCUCUUCAGGGCGCCAAAGGACUCAAGGGUGACGUUGGUGCAAGUGGACUUCCCGGACCCCUCGGACCGAUGGGAAUGCCGGGACCAAAAGGCAGUUUGGGCUUUCCCGGGAGACCCGGUCGUGCCGGCGUCCCGGGACCCAAAGGAGACAAAGGAGACUCUGCCGGCAAACCCGGCCUCCCCGGACCCCCCGGCCGCCCCGGACGCCCCGGAAUGUUCCGAUGCCCCAACGGGACGGUGUACCCCGUGCCCCCCAGACCCUUCUGCAAAGUACCGCUUAAUCCCACCGGAAGCGCCGCGACGGGUGAGAACGGGAUGAAAGGACAAAAGGGAGAACGAGGCCUUCCCGGCAUUCCGGCGCCACCUAACACGUUCAAGGGACGCUUGGGAGUGAAGGGCGAGCCGGGCGACGAGGGAGAAAAAGGAGAGAAGGGCGAUACGGGGUCGCCCGGGCAACCGGGCGCUCCCGGGAAACCGGGCCCAGUGGGACCCAAAGGCGAGUCCGUGCCGGGACCCCAGGGCCCCCGCGGAGAACCGGGCCACCCGGGCGCCCCGGGCUUCGGCAGACCCGGUCCGGCCGGACCCCCCGGACCCCCGGGGGAAACCGGAGGCCUGUCGUUCGGCUUUGGUAAAAAAGAUGUGAAAAUCCCCGGACCGGCCGGACCCCCCGGGCCACCCGGCCCCCCCGGACCCGCCGGCCCACGCGGACCCUUGGGAGGCUCGGCCGCUGUGAGCACAUUUUCCACGGUGGACUCCAUGAUGCGGAGGAGCGUCCAGGAGGCCGAGGGGAUGCUGGCCUACGUCCUGGCGACGGGGAGUCUCUACCUCAAGGUGGCCAGAGGCUGGAAGGAGAUCCAGCUCGGCAGCCUGCUCCAGCUCGCCACGAACGUCAUCCCGCAAGACGAGCCCGGCGCUGCCCAGCAAACGACCGGCGGCACCGUCCAGCGAGUGCGCUCCACCAAAGAUCGGCUCAACCUGGUGGCGCUGAACCAGCCGCACACGGGCGACAUGGCGGGCCUGGACACGGCGGACCGGCUGUGCUACGAGCAGGCCAAAGCCAUGGGCCUGCCCCCCAACUACCGCGCCUUCGUCUCCUCCAACAAGCAGGACCUGGUCCACGUGGUCUACCCCGGCUUCCGAGACACCCUCCCCAUCACCAACCUGAGGGGCGACGUGCUCUUCCCCAACUGGAGGUCCGUCUUCAACGGCCAAGGGGGGGCCCUCGACAGCAGGAUACCCAUUUACUCAUUCGACGGACGCGACGUUCUGGCCGAUCCGUUCUGGCCCGAGAAGCGCAUCUGGCACGGCUCCAGCAGCCGCGGGCUGCGCGUGGCCGACAAGCACUGCGAGACGUGGCGGGCCGCCCACGUGUCGGUGGCGGGCCAGUCCUCCGGCCUGACCUCGGGUCCGCUGCUGGGCCAGGAGACGCGGAGCUGCUCCAACGAGUACGCCGUCCUCUGCGUGGAGACCCACAAGAACCCCUGAGACCGCUGCCCGGAUCCCCCGACCCCCGCCCUGCAGAGUCCGAGGCGCGGCGGCGGCGGAAAACGUCCCUGUCCGUCGGCGCCGCCGUAACGCGUCGUCCUUUUGGCACAUAAAAUUAAGCUCGGGGGUUGGGGGCAGCUUUUUCUGUUUUCUUCAGUUCUGGUAGGGAAUGUGCUGGAUGUUAGUUGGCUGCACCUUUUGCCCCCACCCUCUGCCCCACCCCACAAGAGAGCAAAUUUGACGGAAGCAUCCCCCAAAUUGUCAAGGACGACUUUUGAGCGCCGUUUUGUUUACAGGUCGUCGCGGAGAUGUUUCAGGCAGCGUUGAAUACUUUUCCACUACUUUCCAUCACGACGACCAAAUUUGAUGCACUGUACUUCCUUUAUUUGCUAGAUCUUCAUUAUUAUUAUUAAUAUUUUUCGUUUGGCCGCUUUUAUCUCCAAAGGCUAUUUAAUUUAAAUCUGUUAUUUAUGAUGUCACAGCACAUAAACGUGAAAUCAGAAGACGAUAUCGCAGAAUGUAAUUUAUCAUUUGUUUGCGUUUUGAUUUCUUCCCCCCCCCCCGAAUUUGACAGUAAAACGGAGAAGAUUUGAGAUGCUUACUGGGAGGCGGAAGGCUUCGAUUCGUCUUGCGAGAUAUUUUCAUGCUGGAAAAAAAAAAAAAAAAAAAAUGUUGUUCGGUGCUUUGUCAAAACAAAUAAAGUUUUCUUCUG